AUGGCUGGUAACUUAGAUCAAUCUUUAGAUGAAAUUAUCGGUAAAAGAUCCCAGAACCGUCGUAAGAUCGGUCCAAGAAGAGCUGGAAAGCAGGUCAAUGUCCAUCGUAGCCGUGCUCCAGUAAACAGAACAGCUGCACAAAGAAGUGUUAGGGCUCCAGUUAACGCUGUUUCUAGAGUUGCUAGACUUCUAAAUUCAAACAGCCAUGUUAAGGUUAAUGUUGAAGGUUUACCAAGAGAUAUCAAACAAGAUGCUGUUAGAGAAUUUUUUUCUACUCAUGUUGGUGGUGUUACUGGAGUAUUAUUAUCUUAUAAUGAAAGAGGUUUAUCUACUGGUAUGGCCAACAUUACAUUUAAGAAUGGUGAUUUGGCUCAAAAAGCUGUUGCUAAAUUCAACGGCGCACCAAUUGAUAACGGGAGAUCGAGAUUGAGAUUAAAUAUUAUUGUAAGUGCUUCUGCUGCAUCCACUGCUGUUGCCAAUCAACAAGAUUUAUCUAAAAGAAUUAAACCAUUACCAGGUAAAGUCAGAAGCCAACCUGCUCCACAAAGAAAUGUCCACAAUAGACAAAGAGGUCCAAACAGAAAAGCUGUAUUAGCUAAAAGACAACACCAAAGAAAACCUAAGCCAGCUAAGAAAAGUCUAGAAGAUUUAGAUAAGGAAAUGGCCGAUUACUUUGAAGAUAAGAAGGCAUAA